UUGUUUCCUUCAAUUUUGAACAGACUGCCAAAAAACUUUUUUUUUUAAAUUUCUCCCAACAAAGAUGCUGUGUUUCACUCAAAAUGCACCACAAAAAUCUAUCUUCAAUCUAUAAAUGUUUCUUACCAAGUACCACAUUUAAGCUCAAGUCCUUUCACACAAAUUCCAUAAACAUUGGAAAGCCACUUCAGUUCUCUAUACACAAUGAUGACUCUUUGGCACCCCAACUUGUAUCAAUCUUGCAAACCUGUACCGACCCUUCUGGUCUCUCACAAGGUCGCCAGGCCCAUGCCCAGAUGCUUGUCAACGGAAUUGGCUACAAUGGGAUUCUCGGUACCAAGCUUUUGGGGAUGUAUGUGCUUUGUGGUGCCUUCUUGGAUGCUAAGAACAUAUUUUAUCAGCUUCGACUUUGGUGUUCUGAGCCUUGGAAUUGGAUGAUUAGGGGUUUUACUAUGAUCGGUCAGUUUGAUUUUGCCUUGUUGUUUUACUUUAAGAUGUUGGGUUGUGGCACUUUGCCUGAUAAAUAUACUUUUCCUUAUGUGAUUAAGGCUUGUGGUGGCUUGAAUAGCGUGGCCUUGGGAAGGGUAGUUCAUGAUAAGAUUCAGUUUAUGGGUUUUGAGUUGGAUGUGUUUGUGGGUAGUUCUUUGAUAAAGUUUUAUUCGGAGAAUGGUUGCAUUCAUGAUGCCCGUUAUUUGUUUGAUAGAAUGCCGAGCAAAGACGGUGUUUUGUGGAAUGUGAUGCUUAAUGGUUACGUGAAAAAUGGGGACUGGGAUAAUGCUACAGGGGUGUUUAUGGAAAUGAGGAGAACUGAAACUAAUCCUAAUUCUGUAACAUUUGCUUGUGUUCUGUCUGUCUGCGCUUCUGAGAUAAUGAUUAAUUUUGGUUCACAGCUUCAUGGGCUUGUUGUCAGUUCUGGGUUGGAGAUGGAUUCUCCAGUAGCAAACACAUUGUUAGCCAUGUAUGCAAAAUGUGGGCACUUGUUUGACGCACGUAGGUUGUUUGAUAUGAUGCCUAAAACUGAUUUGGUGACUUGGAAUGGGAUGAUUUCUGGGUAUGUCCAGAAUGGGUUUAUGGAUGAGGCUUCAUGUUUGUUUCAUGAGAUGAUUUCUGCUGGUAUGAAACCAGACUCUAUCACAUUCUCAAGUUUCCUUCCAUUGCUUUCUGAAGGGGCAACUCUCAGACAAGGUAAGGAAAUUCAUUGCUAUAUUAUCAGGAAUGGUGUGUCCUUGGAUGUGUUUUUGAAGAGUGCACUUAUUGAUAUAUACUUUAAGUGCAGGGAUGUGGAGAUGGCACGCAAGAUUUUCGACCAAAGAACCCCUGUAGAUAUUGUGGUGUGCACAGCUAUGAUUUCAGGUUAUGUACUAAAUGGGAUGAAUAACAAUGCCUUGGAAAUUUUCCGUUGGUUGCUUCAAGAGAGAAUGAGAGCCAAUUCGGUAACACUGGCAAGUGUCUUACCUGCUUGUGCUGGUCUGGCUGCCUUGACAUUGGGGAAGGAAUUGCAUGGUCACAUACUCAAGAAUGGACAUGGGGGAAGCUGCUAUGUAGGAAGUGCAAUAAUGGACAUGUAUGCAAAAUGUGGAAGAUUGGACUUAGCUCAUCAAACUUUUAUUGGAAUAUCUGAUAAAGAUGCUGUCUGUUGGAAUUCAAUGAUCACAAGCUGUUCCCAGAAUGGCAAACCUGAAGAAGCUAUUGAUCUUUUCCGUCAAAUGGGGAUGGCAGGAACCAAGUAUGACUGUGUGAGCAUAUCAGCUGCUCUUUCAGCUUGUGCAAAUUUACCAGCACUCCAUUAUGGAAAGGAGAUCCAUGCUUUUAUGAUGAGAGGUGCGUUCAGAUCUGACCUUUUUUCUGAGAGUGCAUUAAUAGACAUGUAUUCUAAAUGCGGGAACUUGGACCUUGCUUGCCGUGUUUUUGACACGAUGGAAGAGAAGAACGAAGUUUCAUGGAAUAGCAUUAUAGCUGCUUAUGGGAACCAUGGUCGCCUCAAGGACUCUCUUAAUCUGUUCCAUGGAAUGUUGGGAGAUGGAAUUCAGCCUGACCAUGUCACAUUUCUUGCCAUUAUAUCUGCUUGUGGCCAUGCGGGGCAAGUUGAUGAAGGAAUUCACUACUUUCGUUGCAUGACUGAAGAAUUGGGUAUAAUGGCUAGGAUGGAGCAUUACGCAUGCAUGGUUGAUUUAUUUGGACGUGCUGGCCGUUUGAAUGAAGCCUUCGGAAUGAUAAAUAGCAUGCCAUUCAGUCCAGAUGCUGGUGUAUGGGGGACUUUACUUGGAGCUUGUAGACUUCAUGGAAAUGUUGAGCUUGCAGAAGUGGCAUCAAGAAAUCUAUUUGAUUUGGAUCCACAAAAUUCCGGAUAUUAUGUAUUACUAUCAAAUGUACAUGCAAAUGCUGGGCAAUGGGAGAGUGUUCUUAAGAUACGGAGCUUGAUGAAGGAAAGAGGAGUGCAGAAGGUACCUGGUUACAGCUGGAUAGAUGUCAAUAACACCACCCAUAUGUUUGUUGCUGCAGACAGAAGUCACCCACAGUCUUCUCAGAUCUAUCUUUUACUGAAGAAUCUUUUCUUGGAGCUGAGAAAAGAGGGUUAUGUUCCUCAACUCUACCUUCCAAUGCACCCACAAACCAUGGGGUUACAGUCAUCAGAAAAAGGUUGAUCAUUGCUUUUGAUGGUGGCAGCAACUGAAAAGGGCAACUACUGUUGCUAGUGAAGAACAGUAAGCAGUUGAGCUGCAGCUUUUGAAGUUGUUUAUCUGCUGGCCUCCUUGGUUUUUUCAGUUGUGCUGCCCUUCCCUUUGUGUUUGCGAGCUCCUAUCUCUUUAUGACAUUCAAGGUUCCAGAGCAGUUGGUCAUUGAGCUAAUUGUAGUUUCUUCUACCUUUGAUCCAGUUCAUCCUGUCUAGGGCAUCAGCUUUCUUCAUGGGCUUGCACUCACACCUGCGCACAUGCAUGCAUGCACACGCACGAGCACACACAUCGACAAUAUCUCCUUUAUUACUUUGAAAUCUGGCCAUUGAAUUAGCUAAACUUGCCAUUUCUUC